UCCUCUUCGCGCGGAGCCAGGGAAGCACAUUGAUGCCGUUGCCGUAGGGAGACGCGUCUGCUUUUUGCUUCGGGAAUAUGCCAAAAACUGUCAAGGCAAAAGGAGGGGGGCAGGAGAAGAAAGUCAUCCACCCUUACAGCAGAAAAGCUGCUCAGCUUACAAAAGAAGCACACAAACAGGUUAAAAAGGAGAAAUUGAAAAAUGAAAAGGCCCUUCGUCUCAGCAUUGUGGGUGAAAAAUUGCUUUGGUUUCAAAGUCACCUUGACCCUGACAAAAUGGAAUACACAAAAAAAGAAGCUUCUGAACUAGUAGAAAAUUACUUGCAGCGAUUUCGUGAUGAGUUGGAGCAGAUUGAACUGCACAACAGCAUUAAAGGAAGACAGUCCAGACAGCACAGUUCCAGGGAAACCAUAAUCAAGCAGACUAUGGAACGUGAAAGACAGCAGUAUGAAGGCUAUGGCAUAGAAAUUCCUGACAUUAUAAACUGUAAACAUCUUCAAUAUUUCAGAGACUGGGAUGGUGACCUGAAGAAGCUACCAAAUAUUAAAAUGAGAAAGUUAUCCAGUAAAGAUGUCUUUAGCAGUAGAAUGGAGAAGACAAGUGUUGACACUCGAAAUGAAUUGUCUGCAGCACAGGAUGCAGACUAAGGAGGAAUUGCCGGGUUAUCUGAAACAGAUUGGCAAGCCAGUGUUUUAACUGCCUGUGGCAGCAAAAAGCAAGAAACCUUCCUUUCAAUCAAACAUGAGAUUAUCUGCUAUUCUGACUGCUGUGUCUUUCAGUUUGUCUAGAGAUUAUGAUAUAGCAAUGUUUUUUGAAAAAAAAAACUGUGCAAUGUAUGUAAAGUUCAUAAAAAUGCUUGAUAUUACAUUGAUAGAGCCAAAUUCUGAUUAGUCUAAAUUCAUAUAAUGCAGCUAAGUAACAAGCAGCUUUAGAGUGCAGGAAGAAAAAGUCAACUACCUUCCACCUUACCUACUAUAUUUCCCCAGUUGCUGUUCUGGUACUGGUCUGAUUGUCAUUAAAAUUGCUGGAGCAAACAUUUUUAAGAAUAAACUUAAACACACCUUUCCAUACUGCAAAGGUGACACCAUUUUUAACAGUGCAUUUUGGCAUUAUUCAUUCUUGAAACUGCUGGUUGGGAAUAUAGGUCAUAACAUCAAUUGAGUGGUUGGGGUUCAGACAUGUGGCCUAAUUUGGGGGCAGGUAAUAUUAAGAGGGCAAAAAAGCUUAAGGUUUUUUUUUUUUCCUUGAACCCCGUCAAAGACUAAGAAGGCAUGAUGGGUGGGAAUCUUGUCACAUUCUCUCAACACAUUAUGACCUUACAAAAAGUUACCUUGCUAACAAUACAUAGAUACACAGAGUUGUGAACCCCAAUAUCUAAUUUAUUUCCAACAUUCCAUUAGAUUAGAAAGAAUAAAAGACAGGCUAUAAAAUAUGUUUGGAUAAAAUAACAUGGGCUAUAAUACAGUACUGAACAAAGCAUACUGACCAGUAUAUUUAAACUGUCUUAUGUCUUGGAUUUGGCCUUUGUGUUCUUUAGUUGUACAAUAUUCUGUGUGAUAAUUUGUAAUAUCUUGAUAACUGAAAAUAUUACUAGUUUUUAGAUAAGCAAAUACAGCUUGACUUCACAAGUUUGGCUUCAGUGAACCUACUAAUGGGCUUUCAUGCUUUGAUAUUGAUCUCUUUUUAAAACAAAGUUCCUUGUUAAGUCCAAACUGGGUCGUCAUUAAUAUUGAGUUAUAAAUCAGAUCUUGAAGCAUGAAUUCUGGUUAGUAAACUGACAUUAAACUACAUGCCGGAAGAAUGGAGGGAAGAGCGUGCAAACCUUUUUCUUUUUCUUGUAGCCUCUUGAGUUAAACUUGCUCAGGAAAAGGACUGGACUACAUUUGGUUUUAAUGAGGCCUUUUCUCCAUUAAUCAAAUGUCAUCUGCAGCACUGAGGCUGAACUUUCAUUUCAAACACAAUAUAAAAUUCAGUGCAAAUUCUCAGCGCAUGGGAUAAGGCAAUGAUAUCCUCCUCAAGUUUUCAACUUAACACUGGAAAUAUAAAUACAUGAUUAGUUUCUAUUUAUUUAAAAAAGAAAUAAUUAAUAGCUACUUCAGAGUCAUCUGUUUAUUACAAAUACAAAUUUGUUCCACAACAGUUAGUUUUUUUCUCAACCCAAGAACCUUUUUAAUACACAAAUCACCCACAAAAGCUCUUGCCAAAGAGAACUGGGUAAAACAAGUAACAAACUUGCAGGUCCAAUCAUUAUACAUAAUAAAAUAUUUGCAUCAUAGAUUGCAGUGCAGUUUUCAGAAAUUGACAGAUAAUUUUCAGAUGACUGGGGAUCUGUGCAACAAUGCAAUAUUGACCUGUGCUCUUGACUGCUUUCCACCUGUAGCAAUUAUACCAGUAGGCUGUUUAGAUAUGCUUAUAUGGCCAGCAGGAUAAUCUGGAGUAGAAUGUCCCCUAACAGCCACUUAGAGAAUUGGGGGG